UGGCCCGGAACUAAAAAGGCGGGAGCAACCAAUCCCUGGUGACGCAAAAUGGCGCCGGGAGAUGAGAUGAUAAAAUUCACUCGCAGUUUCUUUCGAGCUUGUCCCGACCUCAGCACGGUUACACACUCCAUCGUGCGACAGAAAUUUUUGAUUCACGUGGGUCGGGAUCAUCUUGAACCUGAGGAGAAGCAGGCGUUGAAGCGGCUGGUGGAGGAGGAGCUGCUGAAAAUGCAGGCGGAUGCUGGUUCCAGGGAAGGAAAGCCAGACUUUAUCAAAGUGAAGAGGUCUCCUGCUCCCUGCAGUGAUCCAGAGAGGAAAAGGUUCCGCUUCAAUUCAGAGUCAGAAUCCAGCUCUACACCCUCCAGCCCAGACUGCUCAGGACCCCCAACAAAGAACAGGACAACCAAGAAAGCAUGUCCAAGAAGAGCCUUAAAGAAAGCAAUUGAGAGCACAGAUGAAGACCAGCAAACAGACCUGGGUGCAAAGAUGGGAUUGGACGAGAGCAGUGAGGAGGAAACAGAGGGCUCUGUCAGAUCAGGUGAGGCCUGGAAGGCAGAGGACACUGAGGAAGAUGAUGACAGGAGAGAAGAACAGAAGGGUGGGGCUAGAAAGAAAGCUGGGGCCAAGAACAAGCAAGCAGCACACAAGGCAGAUAGGAAGCAGGUUAGGGAAGAGAGUGGAAGCAGUGAGGAGGAGGCUGUACUGAAUAGAGCAAAGGUGGAGGGAACCAUAGGUGUUAAACGCCAGGAGGAAAGUGAAGAGAGUGGAGAAGAGAUCCUAGCCAAGAAGAAAGAGCACCGGGAGCCCAGAUCCAGAAGUGACAAAGCAGGGAGAACAGCCAGGGAGAAGAAGAGCUAUAAGCAGAAAAGCAGGGCUGGGAGGCCAACAGAAGGCUUGGGAGACGGUGAGGCCGAGAAGCAAGGGGGGGUAGUAAGUAGUGGGGACAGCAGUGGGGAGGAAGAAGAGCAGUCAGUGAAGAGAAAGAGCAAGGACAGGACCCAGACUGAGAGUGGGAGAAGGCAGAGCACAAGCAGCGAGGAUAACGGUGACAGCACCCAUGUUCAAGCAGCCGCUCAAGGCACUACAAAGAUGGGCAGCCUAGGCAGCAGUAAUAGUGACAGUGGCAUGGAGAAGGAAGUGAGUGACUCCCAGGCAGGACAGAACACCAAAGAGGAGAGGAAGAGCCGCUCUUCCAAGAAGAGCCCCAAGAACGGCAAGGCACGAAGUUCCUCAUCUUCAUCAGAUGCAAGUCCAGAACCCACAGGUCAGAAGGCUGGCUCUCGUCGCUGUGGAGAGGACCACCCAGCUGUGGUUAGACUAAAGCGUUAUAUUCGAGCUUGUGGUGCCCACCGAAACUACAAGAAGCUACUGGGCUCCUGCAGCUCCCACAAGGAGCGCUUGAGUGUCCUCAGGGCUGAGCUGGAAGCGCUGGGCAUGAAGGGUAAUCCUUCCUUGGAGAAGUGCCGAGCUCUGAAGCAGCAGCGGGAAGAGGCAGCUGAAGUGGCUUCCUUGGAUGUUGCCAACAUCAUCAGCAGUACAGGCCGGCCUCGAAGACGGAAUGCCUGGAACCCUUCAGGGGAAGGCAUCUCCCCAGGGGAGCUUUAUCACCGAACCCUGGACUCUGAAGAGGAGCGGCCCCGCCAAGCACCUCCAGACUGGUCCCAUAUGCGGGGUAUCAUCAGCAGUGAUGGUGACAGUAGCUGAAUUCCAUGUCCAGGAUGGACCUUACCCUGUUAUACAAGCGCCUGUUCAGGGGAAGCCACUUGCUAAACCAGGCUGUGGUGGCAGGACCACUCCUCCACCUCAUGUUCUCUAAGGUGGCGUGGGGCUGUGUGCAAGCAGCCUCGCAAGGCAUUUGAGGGGACUGUUGGUUUGUUUUUAAAGACUCAAUAAAAGAAUGUUUGUAAUUACUUCAUCCAAA